AUGAACUCCCAGGACCUUCCUGCCAAAGAUGCUCCGCUCACGGUCAACGAGCAGGUCAUCGUCAUGUCUGGCCAUGAAACUAUCCGGGUCCUUGAGGUGGAGGUUGAUGCCUCUCUGCCGUCGUCGGCCCCUGAUGGAAAAAGCGAACUCAAAGCUGAGGAGGGAGUGGCUCAGUCGACGGAGAGAGCUGAAGCCGGCGGCAGCCAGAACAGCCCCCCGGUGCCCCCGAGCUCUGGGGAGGCAGGGAUGGGGGAGCAGCAGGGGGUGUCGGUGGAUGCUCUGGCUCCUGCUGUCCCAACGCUGACUCCUGCUGUGCCCAUCAGCGUGUCCCUGCCUCAGCCGCAGACCGCCAUGCCCAUCACCGUCCAAGGCUGUCCCCAGGUGCUGACGCAGGAAGGUCUGGCCACCCUUAUGACCGGUAUGAUGGCCCAGACGGGGUCACUGGGUCAGCCUCUGCUCAUCCCCCUCAGCAUGACUGGUUCUGUUGGGGCCCAGGGCGGUUUGGCUGUUCUCACGCUUCCAACCACUAAUGUAGCCACUCUUCCUGGCCUCGCAGCAGCCAACCCGGCUGGGAGCAUCCUCAAACUGCCCUUUGCUGGCCUUCAAGCAGCGACGGUCCUGAACUCGGUCCAGCCUCAGCUGCAUACGAACCCACAGACAGUUUUCCAGCCUCAAGCAGCUUCCUUCCAGCCGCUGCAGACCCCCGUGCAGCAGGUGCCACCUCAGCAAACGCAGGUCACGGGCGCUCAGGUGACCUGUGCCCCCCCCACCAUCUCUCAGUCCAACAUACCUUUAGCAGCGCUUCAGACCGCAGGACUGUCCAUCAACCCCGCCAUCAUUUCUGCUGCUUCGUUAGGAGCGCAGCCGCAGCUGUUCAGUUCCCUGACCUCCACCCCCAUCAUCAGCAGCGCCAUGUCCAGCAUGGCGGGCAUCACCAGCCAGAUCAUCACCAACGCCCAGGGACAGCUCAUAGGGACCCUCCCGUUGUUUGUGAACCCAGCCUCUCUAGCCGGAGGGGCCGCGACUCCCACUCUCCCCCUCCAGGGUCUCCAGGUCCAGACGGUCACCCCACAGCUGCUUCUCAACACCCAGGGUCAAAUUAUAGCUGCGGUAGGAAACGGACCUGCUGCCGUCGUAACUUCUGCAGCAGCUCUGCCAAAAACCAGCACUGCUCCAACACCUAACAAAGCGAGCACACAGGCUUCGGUAACAGCAGCCACUCCGUCGCCGGUCGUCAUCGCACCACAGCCAUCUGUGCUGAAGAGCUCCACCACGCUGUCCUCCACAGCUCCCAUCACCUGUGGAGACGUCGCGAAAGUGGGCCAGCUCGUUAGCAAACCCCAGCAGACAGUCAGCAGCGAGGAAAUCAUUAAUUUGGAGGAAAUCCGAGAGUUCGCCAAGAAUUUUAAGAUCCGGCGGCUGUCCUUGGGCCUAACUCAGACACAAGUAGGGCAGGCUCUCACCGCGACGGAGGGGCCGGCUUACAGCCAGUCUGCAAUCUGCAGGUUUGAGAAGUUGGACAUCACCCCUAAGAGCGCCCAGAAGCUGAAGCCUGUGUUGGAGAAGUGGCUGGCCGAAGCCGAGCACUGGAACCAGAAAGGCCAGCAGAACCUGAUGGAGUUUGUCGGAGGCGAACCGUCCAAAAAGCGCAAACGGCGCACCAGCUUCACGCCGCAGGCGAUCGAAGUGCUCAACUCCUACUUCGAGAAGAACGCCUUGCCCACGGGCCAGGAGAUUACGGAGAUCGCCAGAGAACUCAACUACGACAGGGAGGUGGUGCGAGUGUGGUUCUGCAACCGGCGGCAGACGCUGAAGAACACCAGCAAGAUCAACGUCUUCCAGGUUUAGCAGCGACCUCGUUCUGGGACGUUCCCCCGCCCGUCCUUUGCCCUGUUGGGAGUCGGAGCGCGUCCUGCAGCAGCACGGAUGAAGUUCUGAGUUUGUCCCGUUAAGGCUGGAAGGAAAUGACACGAGUCCUGAAAGUGAUUUGUAUUGUAAGGUUGUAAAUGUGAACAUCACGUCUGUGUGGUGCUGACUCAGCUGUUCUGCAUGGUCCUUUUAUCUCAGACUUCUCUGGUUUUAUAAGC